AAUGCAUCAUGAAAUGAGGGGCUCUUGACGUGGCACCGACUCCAUGUUGAGUUGCUACGUCAUCAGCCCGAGAGCUCGCUCGAGCCCGUGAGCGCGCUGUCACUGACUGAGAGUCUCCGAGGAGACACAAAAUCAAGGCUACAGAUUCCAGAGGGUGCUAUGGCGACCUUCCAGGAGUUCAUCCAGCAGAACGAGGACCGCGAUGGUGUCCGUUUCAGUUGGAACGUUUGGCCGUCCAGUCGUCUGGAAGCCACGCGUAUGGUGGUUCCGGUGGCCUCCCUGUUCACCCCGUUGAAAGAGCGGCCGGAUCUUCCCCCGAUUCAGUACGAGCCGGUGCUGUGCAGCCGGGCCACGUGCAGAGCUGUGCUCAAUCCUCUGUGUCAAGUGGAUUACAGAGCAAAACUCUGGGCGUGCAACUUCUGUUAUCAGAGAAAUCAGUUCCCACCAACUUAUGCUGGAAUAUCAGAGGUCAACCAACCUGCUGAGCUUCUCCCACAGUUCUCCACUAUUGAAUAUGUUGUCCAGCGUGGUCCACAGAUGCCCCUGAACUUCCUGUAUGUGGUGGACACAUGUAUGGAAGAUGAUGAUCUGCAGGCGCUGAAAGAGUCACUUCAGAUGUCCCUAAGCCUGCUGCCUCCCACUGCUCUGGUGGGCCUCAUUACAUUUGGACGCAUGGUCCAAGUUCACGAGCUGGGCUGUGAAGGCAUCUCUAAGAGCUACGUCUUCAGGGGCACCAAAGACCUCAGUGCUAAACAGCUCCAGGAGAUGCUUGGAUUAAGUAAACCAGCUGCAGCACAGGCAGGCCGAGGUCCACAACAGCCUCAGGUUCCUCCUUCAAACAGGUUUCUUCAACCAGUACAGAAGAUAGAUAUGAAUCUGACGGAUUUGCUGGGAGAGCUGCAGAGAGACCCCUGGCCCGUCACUCAAGGCAAACGACCACUGAGAUCACUCGGAGUGGCUCUUUCCAUUGCUGUUGGUCUGUUAGAGUGCACUUACCCUAACACUGGCGCUCGCAUCAUGGCUUUCAUCGGUGGACCUGCCACUCAGGGUCCAGGCAUGGUGGUUGGAGAUGAACUGAAAACACCGAUUAGAUCCUGGCACGACAUCGAGAAGGACAAUGCCAAGUUCAUGAAGAAAGCCACUAAACACUAUGAAGCCUUGGCCAAUCGUGCUGCCGCCAAUGGACACAUCGUUGAUAUUUAUGCGUGUGCUCUGGAUCAGACAGGAUUACUGGAAAUGAAGUGCUGCACCAACUAUACAGGGGGUUAUAUGGUCAUGGCGGACUCUUUCAACACAUCUCUGUUCAAGCAAACUUUCCAGAGAGUUUUCACUAAAGACGUGCAAGGUUCCUUUAAGAUGGCACUUGCAGGGACUCUGGAAAUUAAGACUUCAAGAGAAAUAAAGAUUUCUGGAGCAAUUGGCCCGUGUGUCUCCCUGAAUGCCAAAGGUCCCUGUGUGUCAGAAAAUGAAAUAGGAACUGGCGGCACAAGUCAGUGGAAAAUUUGUGGACUGGACCCAAAUACCACUCUUGCAUUCUACUUUGAGGUUGUGAAUCAGCACAACGCUCCUAUCCCACAGGGUGGACGUGGAGCCAUACAGUACGUAACACAGUAUCAGCAUUCUAGCGGACAGAGACGCAUCAGAGUGACCACAAUUGCAAGGAACUGGGCUGAUGCUCAGACUCAGAUCCAGAGCAUCGCUGCAUCUUUUGACCAGGAGGCCGCCGCCAUCCUCAUGGCCCGCUUGGCCGUCUACAGGGCUGAGACGGAGGAGGGCCCGGACGUUCUGCGCUGGCUGGACCGACAACUCAUCCGCUUGUGCCAGAAAUUUGGAGAUUAUCAUAAAGACGAUCCCAACUCAUUCCGUUUCUCCGAGACGUUUUCGUUGUACCCUCAGUUUAUGUUCCAUCUGAGGAGGUCUUCAUUUCUGCAAGUGUUUAACAACAGUCCUGAUGAAAGCACCUAUUACAGACACCAGUUUAUGAGGCAGGACCUGACCCAGUCUCUGAUAAUGAUACAGCCCAUCCUCUAUGCAUACUCGUUCAACGGGCCACCAGAGCCCGUGUUGCUGGACAGCAGCAGUAUCUUGCCUGACCGCAUCCUCCUCAUGGACACCUUCUUCCAGAUUCUGAUUUACCACGGAGAGACGGUGUCUCAGUGGCGUAAAGCCGGGUACCAGGACAUGCCAGAGUAUGAGAACUUCCGCCACCUGCUGCAGGCUCCCGUGGAUGACGCCCAAGAGCUUCUACACACUCGUUUCCCCAUGCCACGCUACAUAGACACAGAGCACGGUGGCAGUCAGGCUCGGUUCCUCCUCUCCAAAGUUAAUCCUUCUCAGACUCACAACAACAUGUAUGCAUGGGGUCAGGAGUCUGGCGCACCCAUUCUCACAGACGACGUGAGUCUUCAGGUGUUUAUGGAUCAUCUGAAAAAGCUGGCAGUGUCCAGCGCUGCCUAAGAGCCUUCAGUCGUCAAUCUUUUUCUCAAUAACACAUAGCCAGCAGGAUCACAUUGGCACUGCUCUCAGUUUUUCCCAUUUAUAUCAUGCAUAUGUAGAGCCCAGACCUUUGAAAAGAGAGAUUGAGUUAGGGCUGGGCGAUAUAUCACAUGCGAUCGUCACGCGCAUUUCGUCAGUAAAGCCGGUUCCCUGAUUACCGCUAAA